AUGGGUUACACGCACUACUAUGCCAUCCUUGGCUGGGAUACGCCUGAAUGGGAAAAAGCCUGGGACCAGCUCAUCCAAGAUGUUCCCGAAAUCAUCAAAGAAGCCCGGGUUCCUCUCAGCGGCCCAACCGAUGAUGAAGACAAGAUUACACCGGUGGUUGUAGACUCUGAGGAAGGCAUAUACCUGAAUGGGGUUAGAGGAAAUGCCCACGAACCGUUCAUACUGCGCAAGCCAUGCCACUGGACUUUCUGCAAGACUGCUCUAAAGCCAUAUGAUGUGGUCGUUGCAUCCAUCCUUCUCAGGACUUGGAUGCUGGCACCGAAGAACCUUGAUCUUGGCUCCGAUGGUGGCUAUGAAGACUGGGCCGAUGCGCGUGACCUGUGUGCCACCUUGUGGCCUGAGGAGCCUAUCGAUGCCUUGUGGGCACAUGGUGACGAGGGAAAUAACAUGGAGGCCGAAGGUGAGAGGGACCAGCUCAAUUGA